AUGGCGGACAUUGCUAAAUUGCGAUAUUUGUUCAUAUUUUUAUUGAUAAAUGCUUGCUGUGCGGGUCUGCCAGGACUGGAAUCAAUUGAUGAAGAUGGCAUGUCAGGCACACAGAGACCUAAUUCACAACACCUGGAGGAUCCCAGGUUUAUUGAGAAGAUGAUGGUGCAACACCCCAGGUAUAAAUGUCACCAGUGCGAACCACCCGAAUGUGAUGAGUCAAUGAAAAUGUGCGACAAUGCCCUCUACUGCUUCAAGUCUUCGGUGCGGGGCAUCGAUGGAGCCCUGCAGCACUCCCGCGGGUGCUCCACAAAGUCUGAUCACUACCAGUUCACUUGUAGGACCACAUUGCAACAAAGCCCCCGUAAGCGUCACGCAGGCUUCCCCAACGUGACAUGUUGUCAGGGCGACCUGUGCAACGACGGCAAUUUCCCGUCGCUCCCCCCACUCGACCCCCUGGAUACGGCCAUCGAGCCGCUCCCCACCAACGCCUGGAAGCUGUGGGCAAGCGCGGCUGCAGCUGUGGUCGUAGUCACUACUAUAGGAGCCUGUGCUGUAUUCGUUCUACGCAGAAGCCACAGGUUGCGUGUGUCGAGGGCUUCACUCCACAAGCUUGGCGCUGAUUCCAACUACUUCUCAUCGAACCUCUACAGUCCGAACAUGACGAGCGCCUACUAUGAAGGAGUCGAAGGUUCACAGAACGGCAACUGCAUUCGAGCUGUUGCGGCCGGGGACUCCACCCUGCGGGAGUACCUGGAGUGUUCGGUGACCAGUGGCUCGGGCUCUGGUCUGCCCCUCAUGGUUCAGAGGACCCUGGCUAAACAAGUCACACUCAUAGAGUGUGUUGGAAAGGGUCGAUAUGGCGAGGUAUGGCGAGGGUCUUGGUACGCCGACAGCGUGGCCGUCAAGAUAUUCUUCAGCAGAGACGAGGCGAGCUGGAGGAGGGAGACCGAGAUAUACUCCACUGUACUCCUCCGGCACGAUAAUAUACUCGCCUACAUUGGGAGUGACAUGACCAGUAGGGCCAGUUGUACACAGCUCUGGUUAAUAACACAUUUCCACCCGCUGGGCUCGUUGUACGAGCACUUAAACAAAACCACGUUGACCCGACAUCAGAUGAUGGCCAUCUGCCUGUCGACCAUCAACGGACUCCUGCACCUGCAUACGGAGAUACAUGGCACACAGGGUAAACCAGCCAUAGCGCACCGCGACAUAAAAACAAAGAAUAUAUUAGUAAAAGUGAACGGUGAGUGUUGUAUAGCGGACCUGGGCCUGGCCGUGACCCGGCAGCACGUGGCCUCGGGCCUGCAAAAUAACCCGAGACAGGGGACCAAGCGGUAUAUGAGUCCAGAGAUGCUGGACCAGAGCAUCAACACUAGUGUGCUGGAGUCGUUCCUGAAGUGCGACGUGUACGCGCUGGCGCUGGUGCUGUGGGAGGUGGCGCUGCGCGUGCGGCCGGCGUGCGACUACCGCGCGCCCUUCGCCGAGCUCGCGCCCAGCGACCCCAGCUUCGACGACAUGCGCAAGAUCGUCUGCGUGCACGCCUACCGCCCCGCGCCGCCCGACGACCCGCACCCCCCCCACCUGUCUCUACCUCCCUCUACCUUCGCCGAGCUCGCGCCCAGCGACCCCAGCUUCGACGACAUGCGCAAGAUCGUCUGCGUGCACGCCUACCGCCCCGCGCCGCCCGACGACCCGCACCCCCCCCACCUGUCUCUACCUCCCUCUACCUUCGCCGAGCUCGCGCCCAGCGACCCCAGCUUCGACGACAUGCGCAAGAUCGUCUGCGUGCACGCCUACCGCCCCGCGCCGCCCGACGACCCGCACCCCCCCCACCUGUCUCUACCUCCCUCUACCUUCGCCGAGCUCGCGCCCAGCGACCCCAGCUUCGACGACAUGCGCAAGAUCGUCUGCGUGCACGCCUACCGCCCCGCGCCGCCCGACGACCCGCACCCCCCCCACCUGUCUCUACCUCCCUCUACCUUCGCCGAGCUCGCGCCCAGCGACCCCAGCUUCGACGACAUGCGCAAGAUCGUCUGCGUGCACGCCUACCGCCCCGCGCCGCCCGACGACCCGCACCCCCCCCACCUGUCUCUACCUCCCUCUACCUUCGCCGAGCUCGCGCCCAGCGACCCCAGCUUCGACGACAUGCGCAAGAUCGUCUGCGUGCACGCCUACCGCCCCGCGCCGCCCGACGACCCGCACCCCCCCCACCUGUCUCUACCUCCCUCUACCUUCGCCGAGCUCGCGCCCAGCGACCCCAGCUUCGACGACAUGCGCAAGAUCGUCUGCGUGCACGCCUACCGCCCCGCGCCGCCCGACGACCCGCACCCCCCCCACCUGUCUCUACCUCCCUCUACCUUCGCCGAGCUCGCGCCCAGCGACCCCAGCUUCGACGACAUGCGCAAGAUCGUCUGCGUGCACGCCUACCGCCCCGCGCCGCCCGACGACCCGCACCCCCCCCACCUGUCUCUACCUCCCUCUACCUUCGCCGAGCUCGCGCCCAGCGACCCCAGCUUCGACGACAUGCGCAAGAUCGUCUGCGUGCACGCCUACCGCCCCGCGCCGCCCGACGACCCGCACCCCCCCCACCUGUCUCUACCUCCCUCUACCUUCGCCGAGCUCGCGCCCAGCGACCCCAGCUUCGACGACAUGCGCAAGAUCGUCUGCGUGCACGCCUACCGCCCCGCGCCGCCCGACGACCCGCACCCCCCCCACCUGUCUCUACCUCCCUCUACCUUCGCCGAGCUCGCGCCCAGCGACCCCAGCUUCGACGACAUGCGCAAGAUCGUCUGCGUGCACGCCUACCGCCCCGCGCCGCCCGACGACCCGCACCCCCCCCACCUGUCUCUACCUCCCUCUACCUUCGCCGAGCUCGCGCCCAGCGACCCCAGCUUCGACGACAUGCGCAAGAUCGUCUGCGUGCACGCCUACCGCCCCGCGCCGCCCGACGACCCGCACCCCCCCCACCUGUCUCUACCUCCCUCUACCUUCGCCGAGCUCGCGCCCAGCGACCCCAGCUUCGACGACAUGCGCAAGAUCGUCUGCGUGCACGCCUACCGCCCCGCGCCGCCCGACGACCCGCACCCCCCCCACCUGUCUCUACCUCCCUCUACCUUCGCCGAGCUCGCGCCCAGCGACCCCAGCUUCGACGACAUGCGCAAGAUCGUCUGCGUGCACGCCUACCGCCCCGCGCCGCCCGACGACCCGCACCCCACAAUGAUGGGCCUAUCAGCGUUGAUGCGUGAAUGCUGGCACCAGAACCCCUCAGUCCGGUUACCAGCCCUCCGCAUCAAGAAGACUCUCCUGAAGCUAGCCGCCAACGAUCCCACCAUACAACUCAACGAAGAUAACGAAGUGUCUGUAUAA